CCCCUUAUAAGUUGAGUGUCAAAGAAACAUUUCCCCAAAUGAAAAUGUUGUUUUUGUUCACCUUUGUUAAUAUUUACAUAAGUUGUAAUAUACACUCUCAUGGAACCUUCUCUUAGUGAAGCUCGCAGAGGAUACCGAACCAGUUACACAUUUCAAUUUUGAAGUGUAUUUUUUCCCUUUCAUUUUAUUCACCGUAUUCUCUUCCUCACCAACUCAACUAGAAGGAAAGAAAGUUUUUUUUUUCUUGCGCUGAAAGGAGGCUUGGAAAUGGCGUCAAGGGAACGAAAACCCAGAAAGAGGACGACGGGUACCACGCGCAUGGAUGCUGCCCUGGACGCAAUGCGUCAAUUUGGAUUUGGGACAAGACUGACUCGAGAAACGGUUGAAGAGCUUCUCGAUGUGUAUGGUGGAACUCAAGGAUGGCCCUUUAUUGAAGAGACCUCUUACAAGCUCUUAAUCGAGACCUUACUUAGCAAACAAGAAGUUGCUGCAGAAAAAGAUAAGGAUGGUGAAAGAGGAGAUGGUGUUAAUAAUGUGACACCAUGUGCUGGGAUUUCUGAUGUUGGUCCUUCAUGUGCUGGGAUUUCUGAUGUUGGUUCUUCUGGACUGGUGUCUGAAAUCACUGUAUUGCAUACUGGUAGUGAUGCUUUUGACUUAACUACUCAAUCCAGUGAUCAAGGAGAUGCAUUACUCGACAAUCUAGAAAUUGAUGUUGGGGAUCUGGCCUUGCAGGCUGCAGUAGGAGGACCUGAACAAGGCACGAACAAGUCAAAAAAUGAGCAAAAGUCUUCAGAUCAUGUCAAAGGAAUCAAUGACAAUAGCACCAUUGUGAACAAAGUUAAGAGCCCUUCUGACAAGGCUCUUAUGAUUCAAUCUUCAAAAGCAUUUAAUCCUCUUCCGAGUCACAAGCGUGAAGGUUACUAUGGAUGGAUUGGUAAUGGUGGUGAUGAGGAUAAAGAAUAUGUCCACUUUCCAAUUCCACCAUUAUCUGAACAAAUUGAAAAGAUGAUUGGGCAGUAUGAAGCUCCUCGAAGUGGCAGUAGUAGAAGGCGCAGGUGUAGAUGGGAUGAAAAACCAGAAUGCAAGUAAAUGAAUCUAUUGACCAUUGUUUUGCCAUUGCAAGUAGGCUAGGCUCAUACGUAUCCACUUGUUAUCCAUGAGACACUGAAGAUGUCUCAAUUGAUUUAUUUUUGUUACAUUGUCUAACAUUAACAUGAGAUCCUAAACAAAGGUGCAAUUAAAUUGUUCUCCCACUAAUAGUUAAAAUUUGCCAUGUU